AUGUCACCAAAGUCGGGCGCUACCACGCCUUCGUCCGAGAUGGACCCCUCCGACCCCAUCGCCAUCGUGGGAAUGGCCGUAAGGCUCCCCGGUGGCGUCAAGAAUACAGAAGACUUCUGGAACCUGAUGAUGAAUAAGCAAAGCGGUCUCAUCCCUAUCCCAAAAGAGAGAUGGAAUAGCGAAGGCUUCUACAGUCCCGUUGCAAAAUGGGGAACGGUCCAGAACAAAGAAGCAUACAUGUUCAGCCAGGCCGACAAUGAUCUCACCAAGUUUGACGCCUCUUAUUUCACAUGUGGUGAGAAGGAGAUUGAGCGCAUGGACCCCAUGCAAAGACAGCUGCUGGAGAUUGCGCGUGAAUGUCUCGAUAACGCCGGCGAGACCAACUGGCGUGGUGAAGAGAUUGGUUGUUAUGUUGGCAACUUCUCAUCGGAUUGGCAAGAUGACUUGUCAAUGGACCCGCACGCUUCUGGUUUGUACCGAGGAUCUGGCUACCUCGACUUCUUACAGCCCAACCGGGUGUCAUAUGAGUACGGCUGGACUGGCCCGAGUAUGCUUGUCAAGACCGGAUGCUCUUCAUCCAUGGUAGCCCUGCACCUAGCUGCUGAAGCCGUGCAAAACGGUGCCUGUAAAUCGGCAAUGGCUCUCGGAUGCAACCUCAUUACCUCAGUCAUUACCUCCAUCGUUUUCACGGAAACUGGUGUCUUGUCUCCCAGUGGCAAAUGCAAGACCUUUGAUCUGCUUGCCGAUGGAUACGGCCGCGGUGAAGCCGUCAACGCUGUCUACGUCAAGAGAUUGAGCGAUGCUCUAAGAGACGGCAACCCAGUCAGAGCCAUCCUCCGAGCAAGCGGCACCAACAACGAUGGACGCUCCAACGGAAUCAUGAGUCCCAACACUUAUUUGCAAGAGGCCUUGAUUCGAAAGACUUAUGAGAAGGCCGGUCUUCCAUUUAACAAGACGGCUUUCUUCGAGUGUCAUGGCACUGGUACUCCCACUGGUGACCCGCUCGAGGUGGCUGCUGUUGCACGGAUCUGGAAGGAUCAUGAUGGUGUAAUGAUUGGCGCUGUCAAACCCAAUGUCGGGCAUUCCGAAGGUGCAGCAGGCUUGACUAGUGUCAUCAAAGCAGUCCUCGCGUUGGAAAACCGAGUGAUUCCCCCAAAUAUCUACAUGGAAAACCCCAACCCAAGGAUUCCCUGGGACGAGGCCAAGCUUUCUGUUCCGACCGAACCAACUUUCUGGCCUGCAGACAGAGACGAGCGCAUCAGUGUCAACUCAUUUGGCGUUGCUGGCUCUAAUGCUCAUGUGAUCCUUGAGUCGUAUGAGGGCUGGCAAAAACUGCAAGAUGAUGCCAGCUCUAUUAGCUCUGACUCCGGCGUCAGCGUCCGGUCUCCGGGCCAGCGACUUUUGCUGUUCUCCGCCGCGCACUUGACCUCGCUCGAGAAGCAAGUGGAACAACACAAGCAUUACCUUGAGACAAAGAGCGCUGACCUGGAUGACCUUGCUUAUACCUUGGGCCAUCAUCGUGACCACCUCAGCUGUAGAGCCUAUGCAAUUGCGAACGAGGAGGGCGUCUUCGACCCCAGCAGCUUCAAGCGUAAGCCGACGACCGCCCGACGACUCAUCCUUACCUUCACUGGACAGGGCGUACACUGGGCCGGUAUGGGCAAGUCUCUUAUUGAGACCAAUGAGGUGUUCCGAGAAUCCAUCAGGACGCUCGACGUUUGGCUCCAGUCUCUUCCGGAAGAACACAGACCAACCUGGACUUUAGAAAAGGAGCUUUCCAUCAAUGAUGACUCGAGCAGAGUUGGCCAACGAGGAUACUCUCACCCUUGCGCAACUGCUGUCCAGAUCGCGUUGGUCGAUGUUCUCGCUAGCCUUGGGGUUCGUCCUGAUGCUGUUACUGGUCACUCUGGAGGAGAGGCUGCUGCCGCGUAUGCCGCUGGUAGUGUCACCGCCGAAGCAGCCAUGGCCGUUGCCUACUUCCGUGGGUGGCUCUUGGUCAAUGGCACCGUUCCUCCUGGUACCAUGGCUGCUGUCAGUCUUGGCCCGAAAGAAGUCGAACCCUUCUUGAUUCCUGGAGUGGUCAUCGGCUGCGAGAACAGCCACCUCAACUCCACCUUGUCAGGCGACCCUGUUUGCAUCCAACAUUGCGUCGACCAGAUCAUGCGUCGUCACCCCGAUGUCAAGGCAAAGAUUCUAAACCUGGAGACUUCGUUCCAUUCUCCAUGGAUUGAACCUCUAGCCGGGCCGUACGAGGAACUUCUCAAGCCAUAUCUGGCUGACGCCAAGGCUCCGACGGUUCCUCAUUUCUCAAGUGUCACCGGUCUUGAGAUGACCGAUGCCGACUUCGGAGCCAACUACUGGCGUCGGAACUUCGUCCAGCCGGUUUUGUUCAAUGCCGCAAUGCGGGCAAUCCUGAAGAGCAACAAUAACAACCUCUUCGUUGAGGUCGGCCCCCACCCGGCUCUUCAACGCCCCAUCAGUGAGAUUCUUCGCAGCGUACCUGAGUCUUCUUGCGAGUACAUCACCACCCUCCGUCGGGCUGAAGACACCAACCUGUCUAUGCUUCGUCUAGCUGGCGAGCUCUUCGUGCAGGGUGCUCCGGUCGACAUGUCCAUCGUCAUUCCCAAGGGCAGAGUCUUGACCAAUAUGCCGACUUAUCCUUGGCUCCACGAUGUGACUUACAUGGACGAGCCUCGCAAUCCUUCCCGCUACAAGCAAAGAAAACAUACCAGACACGUCCUCCUGGGCGCCCGGAUUCUCGAAGGCAACGAUAUUGAGCCUGCUUGGCGGAACAUGCUUGACCUCAAGGAAGUUACUUGGUUGAUGGACCACAUUGUCAACGGUCAGAUCGUUUUCCCUGGAGCCGGCUACAUGGCCAUGGCCGGAGAGGCGAUGCGUCAGGUAGCCAAUGGCACGGAUGCGUACACCAUUAGGGACAUGUCAAUCAUCACUGGGAUGACUGUCCCGAAGGAGAAGAAGAUGGAGCUAUACACGCGCAUGAUCCCUGAAGACAAGCCCAGCGAUGAAGGUCAAUGGUAUAACUUCAAGAUCAUGUCCUACGAUGGCCUUGCUUGGGUCACACACUGCUUCGGUUUCAUCCGCUCCGGGGCUGAGGCAGAGAAGACAUCCAUCACCAGUGCCCAGGCAGAGCGAGAAUUCACUCGCGAGAUCGAAGCUGAGGGCUGGUACAAGGCCGUCAAGGCUGUUGGCAUCGACUGGCAGACCGCCUUCCAAGGUCUCGACCACAUCACCGCCAACCCAGUGAAUAGGGAAGCCACAGCCACAGUGUAUGACUUUGAAGACACAACACACUACGCUGCUCACCCGACGCUUCUGGAUCAAAUGCUCCAGAUCAACCUUGUGGCGCAAACAUAUGGCCAGAAGCGGCGCCUGGACAGUAUCCUACUUCCCACUUUAAUCUCCCGGAUGGGUGUCCUCGGCAAUCAGGACCUCUGCAUGAGGGCCCAUGGCAGUAUCCAGGAGGGUGCCGAAGGCAUGACCGCAAACGCCGCCAUAUACACGGACGAAGGUCGACCUACGGUGUAUCUAGAGGGCCUCUCCUACUCUGAGCUUCCUGUCGCCAAGCGCGGAGAAGUUCUCCUUGGAAGCACCUUUGAGUGGAGGGAAGACAUCACUAUGUUGGACUGCAUCACAGAAGUCGCAUCUGUCAACGCAGACUUUGCCAGAGACAUAAGCGAAGCAGUCUCUCUCCUCGGCUUCAAGACUCCGGACUCAAAGGUCUUGGAGAUUGGAUCUGGAGCAAACGACGUUACUCGAGUUGCUCUGGAUGCUCUGCAGCCUACCCAGCACAAGCGCCUUUACUCUGAGUACACUUACGUGUGUACUUCUGAGGAGCAAGUUGAACAGGUCACAGAGGCAACUGCCGAACUAGGGCGCGAAAGCGUUUCGGUCGUGGACCUAGAGCAGCUUUGCAUGUGCAACACAGCUGACGUUGUCCUGAUAUCACUUCCGACCUUGUUGUCGGAUGACCGCUACUUGUUGGAUGGCUUAAAUGAGUUGAAGUCAUUGCAGACUGCUGGAAGCCGGCUCAUUGUUCACAACGAUGGGCAUGUGAUCGAUGGAGCUUCUGAUAGUGAGAAGAUCGCUCGGAGACUGAAUAGCCUGGGUUAUAUCAUGCACUCCCAAACGCCGUCUGGUCUAAUGCUCGCUGAGCCAAUGAAGCGUUCCGACAUGGACAAGAGCACCAACAUCAUCAUCCUGGCACAUAAUACGAAGGAAGGCAAUGACCUAGCAAGGGACGUCAAGUCUCAAUUUGAGAUCAAGGGCUUUACCGCGCAAGUCUCCCACCAGCAAACUAUACCUUCUGACGGGUCUCUGGUUAUCUCGCUCCUGGAUCUUACUGGGAACACCAUCUACGACCUAAGCUCCGAGACCUUCAGGCCUUUCAUGGACAGUCUAUGCAAUCUGCGUGGCGCUCUCAUCUGGGUCAUCCCCACUGUUCAUGGCGCUUGCAAGGAUGCCAAGCCAGCCAUGAUCCAGGGCACUGCUAGAACGGUCCGUAUGGAGAACAAGGCAGACAUCACUCUUGUCGAGGCCGAUCAUCUUUCGGUAUCAAGCAACAGCAUUUCCAAGGCUCUGUACAAUAUCGUACAGAGCUUACCAAACCGACGCAAAGGCGGAGAGUUGGACGCGGACUUUGACUUCGCCAUAGUGGACGGCAAGGUUCACAUCCCUCGCAUGUACUGGUUCGGCUUCUCGGAGCCCGAGGUCAGCAAGGCUCUUCCAGUGACCAAGGAAGCCCCCAUGUUCAGAGAUGAUGCCUCUUACCUCCUCAUCGGUGGUUUCGGUGGACUCGGUCGAUCUGUGGCCACUUGGCUGCUUGAGCAUGGAGCUCGCAACCUUGUCUUCCUUUCAAGGUCCGCCGGCAGCCCGGACAAUGAGCCUUUUGUGAAGGAGCUUGAGAGCUAUCCCGGCUCCGUCAUCAAGACUGUUUCGGGUGACGUCAGUAAUCCUGAUGACGUACUCAAGGCAAUCAACGAGGCUCCCAAGCCAGUCGCCGGAGUGAUGCAGUUAUCUCUUAUUCUCAAAGACAAUUCCACUGCUGAGAUGACGUGGGAGGAGUGGAGUGGAGUGGUCAAUCCUAGGGUUCGUGGUACCUGGAACGUUCACCAAGCGCUCCUGGAUGCAAACGUUCUGUUAGACUUCUUCGUCAUCUUCGGCUCUGGUGGUGGACACACUGGAUACUACGGUCAAGCCAAUUACAGCGCGGCCAACACCUAUCUCGAUGCUUUCGUUGAGUACCGCCAUCACCUUGGUCUUUCUGCCUCUAUCAUCGAUCUUGGCGUCGUGGGUGACGUCGGUUACCUUCUAGAGCGGGAUGAUCUUUAUGAUGGAUUCAAAAACGGCGGCUUCUUCUUCUUGAAGGAGCAAGAUGUCCUCGACUCCGCGGCAAUUGCUGUUGCCAACUCUUCUGGUGGGCCGUACAGCAGCUUCUGCCUGGGAGGUCUCUCCGAAAAGCCUCUUUCUGACCCGUCCAACCGCGUUAACUGGAAGAGAGAUGUCCGGUUCGCCCAAUCUCACUAUUUCCACAAAGUCAAUACGACCACUUCUGGAGGAGCCGAAGAGAAUGACGAAGCUGAAACAUUCAUCUCGCUCGCCAGAUCUGAUCCAGCUGCUCUCAGGGAUAGCGCGACAGUUACAAGCCUCGCACGCUUCAUCAGCGCCACUCUCAGUCACCUCAUGCUGAGACCAGUUGAGGAUUUCCCCCUCACUGAAAAUUUGACUUCUAUUGGUUUGGAUUCCAUCAUCUCAAUUGAGUUGGUGGACUGGAUUCACCAGCAGUUCCACAUUGGUUUAACGUCUAUGGAAGUUACUCAAUGUACUUCUCUGUUGCAUCUGGCUGAGAAGAUCAUCGAGGAAGUUAUUUCAUUCGUGUAA